GAUUUGUAAUCACUUAAAAAAAAAAAAAAUGAAAAGAGAAAUAAAAAUAUUAACUUUGUAAUCACACACCACAAAAAAGAAGCUAACAGCCCAAUCCAGUGUUAAAAGAGUGGGCCCGAGGCCUGUUCUAGUCAUUAAAGAGUUCACGACGACAGGGUCCCGCAAUCCUCGUCUCUCGUACGCCUGUUCCAUUCAAUUACGAUUCACUCACACACCCCAGAGAGAACACUCUAGAUUCCUCCUCUCUCUUCCACUCUCACUUUAAGCGCGUGGACAUCAAACCAUUACCGAAGAAAACGCGCACAACCACGCGAGUGUUCUAACAGACAAAUCCCCAAAAAUCCCAAAAUCCUAAAAAAAAUUGGCGGCGAAUGAAAAAUAAAAGAAAAAAAAGACAAAGAAAAAGAAAAAUGAGAAUCGAUAUAUAUAUAUAUAUAUAUUUUUUUUUUUUUUGAGUAUUGUCAAAGGGGACAAAGGUGGGUUAACGGUCGUGGGAGUAGGAAGGUCAAUGAGUAAAUAAGGUGAAAGAGUCGGGGCUAUGACCCGUCUCCCAGAGAAACUCCGUUUGUAUCUGUUCCACAAACCCACUCGCUUGCUCUCUUCAAAGCUCGCCAACCUCUCCGCCUCCACGCUCCAUCUCUGCAAGUCUCUUGCACGCGCCUUCGCCUCCAGAACCCUAGCUCUCCUAUCCAUGGAUGACGUCUUCGCCGACGACUCCGAUUUCUGGGACUUCGAUUUCCGCUCUCGGUUUCAGCGUCCUCGUCUUCUCGACUACGAUGAUGACGACGACGUUUACGACCUUGAUGAUGGCAUUGCCAAGCUCUACUUGGUUCCUUUCAGGUGGUGGAAGGAGGUGCAAAAUGCAGCCAAUUGCAUAGAAGGGGUUGUGUACGAUGUAUCAUCCGACGAUGAUGCUGACACACAAAUUGUAUUGGAACUGAGGAAGAUAGAUGAGUCUGGGAAAAAUGAAUUUGAAGAAGAAGGGUUUUCUGGCCGUGAGUAUGCCCUAAUUACUGAAGCAACAUGGUUGCAAGCACUCAAAAGGCAUAAUAAUUUAAAUGCAGCAGAAAAGGGUUUCAGGAGGCUCUUUGGCGCAGGAGAUGUUUUACAGGAUGUGUUUCCUUUACAAAUUAAACUUUUUGUAUCAUGGGAGAGAAAUUCUUUGGUUGUAACAAUCAGCCAAAAGGACAAUUUAAUUGAUUUUUACAAGAGAGCCUGCAACAUAUUCAUUUCAGAAUCUGAGCCGUUGCAUAUUUGGGACUUAUCAGGGCAGACUUCCAAAUUUUUUGUGAAUGACAGAAUUAGUAUGCCAAAUGAUUCUGCCAGACAAAUGAGCAAAGAGAUUCUCCUUGAACUGCAAGUGCAUGGAUUUUUAGAUUCUAAGAAUGGUCGAUAUAUGAGGAAUGAUGACAUGGCUGAAGAACAAUCCAAGGAUGGAGGUACUCUUGGCGGCUUUACCCAGAUGAAUGGGGGCAUGGAAUAUUUUCAUUCAACUCAUACUGACUACGCACGGAAUCAUAGUAGCUACGGAGGAAUUGGUUGCUUGGGCUUGACAGGAUUAGAGAAUCUUGGGAAUACUUGUUUCAUGAACAGUGCCAUCCAGUGCCUGGUGCAUACUCCAGAGUUUGUUGAUUACUUUCUAGGGGACUACCAGAGGGAGAUAAAUUAUGAAAAUCCAUUGGGGAUGAAAGGAGAGCUUGCUUUAGCAUUUGGAGAGUUAUUAAGGAAAUUAUGGGCUCGAGGAUCAAGGUCUGUUGCUCCCAGAAAGUUCAAGCUAAAGCUUGCUAAAUUUGCUCCUCAGUUCGGUGGUUCCUAUCAGCAUGAUUCUCAGGAAUUUCUUGCAUUUCUAUUGGAUGGUCUCCAUGAAGAUCUAAAUCGUGUGAAAUGCAAACCAUAUAUUGAAGUUAAGGAUCCAGCAGGCCGUGCUGAUGAAGAAGUAGGAGAAGAAUACUGGCACAACCAUAUUGCUCGCAAUGACUCCAUCAUAGUUGAUGUUUGCCAGGGCCAGUACCGGUCAACAUUGGUUUGUCCUGUUUGCAACAAGGUGUCUGUCACAUUUGAUCCGUUUAUGUACCUUUCACUGCCAUUACCUUCAACAAGUGUGCGGACCAUGUCUUUGACAGUCAUAAGCACAGAUGGGAUUACAUUGCCAUCUACAUUUACUGUAACGGUGCCUAAGUGUGGGAGAUUGAAAGAUCUUAUUGAGGGCUUCAGCACUGCAUGUUCUUUAGGAGAUGAUGAAACCAUCUUGGUGGCUGAGAUAUACAAGAAUCGUAUUUUUCGAGUAUUGGAGGAUCCAUCUGACUCAUUAGCGUUGAUCCGAGAUGAGGAUCAACUGGUGGCUUAUCGAUUUCCAAAAGAAAGUGGGACAUUCCCUCUGGUUGUGUUCGUGCAUCAACAGAUGGAAAGUGAUGGAAGGGUAACACUAGAGCCAAAGAUAUUUGGUGUUCCACUCGUGGCAAGUUUAUCUAAUGUUUCUUGUGGAUCUGAUAUUCGUGAACAGUAUCUGAAAUUACUGAAUCCAUUUUUGAUGCCCAUUGGGGAUGUAUCGGAUGAUAAUGCUAAUGAUGCUGGAAAUUAUGUUAAUGAAGCUUCAGAGAUAGAGGAUGCAAUUAGUCCAGCAAUUUUGAGUGAUCCAUGUUCGUCUAGUGGAUCAGGGGAUGACACACAUUCAAGCACUGACUUCGAAUUUUAUAUCAGGGGUGCGAUAGGGGAUACCUUGACCUUGAUAAAUAUGAAUGAGCCUGUAUAUGUUUCAGGAUCGAUCAAGAGGUUACAGGAGGUGCUCGUUCUGUGGUCAAGAGAGAUGCUUAAAAAGUAUGAUACUUGCCUUCUCAGCUCUCUGCCUCAUGUUUUCAAGCCCAAUAUGUUCUUAAGGCCCCAAGAGUUUGUUUCUGUAUAUAAAUGCCUUGAAGCUUUUUUGAAGGAGGAACCGCUUGGACCUGAUGACAUGUGGCACUGCCCUAGCUGCAAAAAGCCCCAUCAAGCCAGCAAAAAGUUGGAUUUGUGGAGGUUGCCUGAAGUUCUUGUUAUUCACUUGAAGAGGUUCUCAUACAGUCGAUUUUUUAAGAACAAGCUGGAAACAUUUGUUGACUUCCCAAUUGAAGAUUUGGAUCUUUCAACCUACAUUACGCGGAAGAGUAGCGAGCUGCCCAGUCGAUACAUGCUAUAUGCAAUUAGUAAUCACUAUGGGGGCAUGGGUGGUGGUCACUAUACUGCCUUUGUUCGACAUGAUGAUGGUGGGUGGUUCGAGUUUGACGAUGACAGGGUUUUUCCCAUCAGUGAAGAGAGGAUAAAGACAGCUGCAGCAUAUGUUCUUUUCUAUAGAAGAGUACCAGAUCCGGAUGUUUAAAUAAACUUGAUUUGUGUAUAGCUCCUAGCAACAUUUGGGAGGCAGCAGGUUGAGAACAGCUUCUUCUUCUCUUUUUCUUUAGCUGAAGUGUUCUGUGAGUUGGUUAUCUUGAGGAAAGCAGCAACCUCCUUUACGUACAGAUUUAAUUGGAGAGGUCACACAAGAUGUAAAGAAAAAGUAGAGAAAUAUUGAAAUUGUACAUCUUCUCAUAGGGUGGCAGAGAAAAAAGUAGAGAAAAAGGAAAAGAAAUAUUGAAAUUGUACAUCUUCUCAUAGGGUGGCAGAAAAAAAAAAAGUAGAGAAAAUUUUCCCGUUUCCCUCCUUGACUGUGUUUGUGUAGAUGAUGUAAAUAUGCGUCACAGAGAAAAAGGAAGAAUUUCUUCGAAAUUGUAAAUCAGUUUUUUUUUUUUUUGGUGAAUUAAAAAUUGUAAAUCAGUUGGUUCUCUCUGGCCUAGUCUAGGUGUAUAUGUUUAUGUUGCCCCUUUACCUUUACCAUACCUUCUUAUCAAAGGAACAUUCAUGUUGGCGACAA